AAAGAAAAAAAAACCACACUUUGCGCUGUAUACUCAAAAAGUCAAACGCGCGUUGCAGAAUCGAGUGAAACCUCAAUAACAACACAUCUCUCGCUCUUUUUCUCCAUUGCUGAUUUUAUAGUUUAUUUAUUUUCGUAAUUUCGUUGAAUAUAGUUUUAGAAUGAUCUGGUCUUUUGGGAAACUUUUCGUUUCCCUUUUCUUACUAUUUGCAGCAUUUGCAACAUGUUCUGGAGAGGGCAAUAAAGAAGCAAGAGUUGUUUGCUACUUUAGCAAUUGGGCAAUUUACAGACCGGGAAUUGGUAGUUAUGGAAUUGAUGAUAUUCCAGGUGAAUUAUGUACCCAUGUGAUUUAUUCAUUUAUUGGUGUGAGCAAUGUAACAUGGGAAGUUUUGGUACUCGAUGAGGAUGUUGACAUUGAUAAAACUGGAUUUAGAAACUUUACAAAUCUCAAACACAAAUAUCCCAAUUUAAAAACAGAAGUUGCCGUUGGUGGUUGGGGUGAAGGUGGAAGAAAAUACAGCAAUCUUGUCAGUGUCAAAGCAAGACGCGAUACAUUCAUUCAAAGUGUCGUUGAAUUUAUGAAAAAGUACGAAUUCGAUGGUUUCGAUUUGGAUUGGGAAUAUCCUGCGGCUGCCGAUAGAGGUGGAAAAUUCUCGGAUAAAGAUAAUUUCUUUUAUUUCGUUGAAGAAUUGAGAAGAGCUUUUGAUAAAGAAAAAAAAGGAUGGGAGAUUACAAUGGCAGUGCCUUUGGCGAAAUUCCGUCUUCAAGAAGGUUAUCACGUUCCAGAAAUUUGCGAAAAUGUUGACGCCAUUCAUGUGAUGUCAUAUGAUCUACGAGGAAAUUGGGCUGGUUUUGCGGACGUUCACAGUCCAUUGUACAAAAGACCCAGCGAUCAAUGGGCUUAUGAAAAAUUAAAUGUGCACGAUGGUCUUUUGUUGUGGGAGGAUAUGGGAUGUCCAUCAAAUAAAUUAGUAGUUGGUGUUCCAUUUUAUGGACGUACUUUCACAUUGAGUGCUGGUAACAAAAAUUAUGAAUUAGGAACGUAUAUUAAUAAAGAAGCGGGUGGAGGUGCACCUGGAAAAUAUACUCAGGCCAAAGGAUUUCUCUCUUAUUACGAGAUUUGCACAGAAGUUAAUGAUCCCGAAUCUGGAUGGACCAAAAGAUGGGAUUCGAUAGGAAAAGUUCCUUUCGCCUAUAAAGAUACACAAUGGGUGGGUUACGAAGAUCCAGAGAGUGUUCAAAUUAAAAUGGAUUUCAUCAAAAAGAAGGGCUAUUUGGGGGCAAUGAUUUGGGCCCUUGAUAUGGACGAUUUUAGAGGAAUUUGUGGAAAGCCAAAUACUUUGACACAAAUUUUACAUGAAAACAUGAAAAAUUAUCAAGUACCCAAACCCACUAAAGAACUUCCAUCAAGGCCUGAAUGGUCGAGACCACCGAGUACAACUCCUGGUCCGGGAUACGUAAAGCCUUCAACACCAAAACCUAUAGUAACAAGACCCCAAUCAACAACUCCAUUAAGGGAAAUUGAGGAAACAACUCCUCGACCAAGUUGGCCUGGGAAACCCGAUUCACCUCCAAAACCUAUUGAUGAAAUUGAUGACGAUUCCAAUGAAAUUAAAUGUGGCGACCAGGACUAUAUGCCAUCUAAAGAUUGUACUUUAUACUACAGAUGCGUUUAUGGAAAACCUCUGAAAUUCCAAUGUCGAGAUGGACUUGUAUACAAUCCGGAAACAUUUAUCUGUGAUUGGGCUCAAAAUGUUCAUCGUGAUGAUUGUAAAAUGUGAACAUUAAAAACCAAAUGAAAUUCUCAAUUUGAAAGAAAAUUUAUUAUAUAGAAUCUCUGGUCGAGUAUUACAGAGAAAGAGAGAGAGAAAAAAAAGAAAAAGAGUGAAAGAAAUUAAAUGUGUGUGCGAAAAAGAGAGAAUUAAAUAUUGUUAGUUAUGCAAAUUUUUGAUUUUCAUAUAGAAGAAAAUGAACUGAAUGCGCUUUUUUUAAUUUAAAAAAAAAAAAAAAUUAAGAUAUUUUCAAUUUAAAAAAAAAUGUUUAAUAUUUUUAUUUCACUUUUAAAAAAAAAUGAUAGUCAAGAGGAAAAAAGGAAGAAUGAAAAAAAAUUUAAUUAUUAUUUCCGAUUUUUAAAUGAAAUAUUUUUGAAAAUUGAUCACAAAAGAAAAUCUUCCCUUCUGACCUUUUUUUAGUAACUUAGCCAUAAUUAUAGCGUUUUUAAGAUAUAUUUUUAAUUAUUUUAAUAAAAGGCAUUGUCCUAUCACUUA